AUGAAGUUCCUGGCAUCUCUUGCUGUCCUGGCCGGUAGUGUCAGUGCCGCACGCCAGUCCAACUCUGGCCAUCGUACCCUCUUUCCGGCACACCCUCCGGGCCACGAUGCCAAUGAUUUGACUCACCUCAUUCCGGGGUUGCAACAGGCCCUCCACUAUCGGGAAGAUGGCAAGACAGAACACGACGUCUCCUCGUUCGGACACAUCCUGUCGACUUUCAACUACCCCACGGUCCUCCUCGAUCACUCAUCGCAUGUCGAGAAUGUUGUCUGUCGCCCCAACGGCCUAGACGUAUGCUUCACCAGCGACGUCGCCAAGCGCCAUGCAGAGGAGAAAUGGAAGGCGAACCACGGCCCUCUUCUUCUUGGUACCGACCAUGCAGGCUGCGGUGACUAUGACACCGGCAUGCGGGCAUUCUGGAAGGUGUCCUCUAUCAGCUUUGGCUCUUCCAAGAUGAAGAACCGAUGCGCCCACGUCAAUGCCACCGAGGUGCCCCUCGAGGACGCCAUGGAUGGAUUCGAAAUGGACUUUGGCCACUACGAAGAGGCACUCCAGCAGAGAGACCAGAGAGCAGCACAGCGCAACAUUCUGCGUCGCCGCGAUGAUGCUAUCGCUGAGGACGAUACCGUCGACAUCACGGAUGAUCCAGACGCGCUGGCGGAUUUUUUUCAGGAGCCUAUCACGGAGACAUACCCCGAUGCGCCCGAAGCCACGCCAGCCAAAUACAAUGGCACGGUGACGCCAAUUAAUAAGCGUGCGAUGCUGCAGCGACGUGGAUUCUUUGACUGGGUGUCCAAUGCGGUUAAUACGGUCAAAAACGCAGUUGUUAGCGCUGUUGAAACCGUAGCCAACGUGGUCAAGAAGGUCGUCACCACUGUCGUUGAUGCGGGUCGGGAGAUUGGUAAAUUCAUCCAGGAUCCCUUGGGCUACGAAUGGAGUCUUGGGACGAGCGUUGAGCGGUCUUUCAACCUUGGUGGCUCCGGCACUCUUCGUGCGCCUUCGAGCUCCGGUUUGUUUGGCGAAGGGUCGGGUCUGGUGAUUGCCAGCAGCGGUGUUAUCCCAGCCAACAUCAGCUGUGAGAACUGCUAUGCGCGCGGCGAAGUCUCAUUCAGCGGCCGUGUCUCGGCGAGUAUCAAAGAUGGUCUGAAGGAAGGAUACCUGCAGGCUGGAGCAGGAUGGGAUUCGCGGUUAGCACUAGCUAUGACGCUUCAGGGGCAGUAUAAGCUGGAGGCGUUCAAGAAGGAGCUCUUGGCUUAUAACCCGACUCCCCUCCAGAUUCCGGGCUUCCUUUCGAUCGGUCCGCAGGUUUCGGUGAGCGCGGUCAUCGAUCUGUAUUUCCAGGCGGAGGCAGACAUCCUCAUCGGUGCGAAGUUCGAAAUCACCCCCGGCAAGGCACGACUGGACUUCUUGGACGGUAGCAAGACGAAGGUUUCCGGACUGGAGCCCAAAUUCACACCCAUCGCCAAGUUCCGUGGUGACCCCAAGGUGGGUGUGACAUUGGACUUUGGUCUCCCGCUGGCGUUGGAAUUCGGAGUGGACAUUCUCAAUGGCAAAUGGAAGAAGACUGUGGGCCUCGUCGACCAGCCCUCCUUCAUGGUGGAGGCCAAGGCCGGAGAGGAUGAAUCCUGCAAGGGAAUUACUCUCGGACUGAAGGUGCAGAACUACAUCUACAUCAGCCUCAAACUCCUAGGCCUGUAUGACCACGCCAUCACCACCCAGACCCUCUGGGAGAAGCCACUGGGCUGUGUCGGGGAGAAGACUACCUCCAAGGAUCUCACUCGCCGCGCCCUGGAAGCGAGAGACGACGGCACCGAUGAUGAGGAGAUCAAGGAUCCCGAAAUCGCGGUUGACAACAAAUUCACCAACGGAAGCAUUUCGACCAAGCCUCCCAAGAUCGACCAUGUUCCGGUUGAUGUCGACACCGUGGAGCCGGUGACUAAGUUCUCGUACGACAACAUCAUUACUGAUGUGAACCAGACUGCCGUGCUCUUUGCCGGUAAGGAAGACCGUCUGUACUUGGCCCCGUACGGUGACCCUGAUACUGCUGCUGGCUCGCCUUUCGCUAGUCGCCCCGAUGCAAGCGACGUGGUUAUCAUCGGUGAUAUUUACGGUGGAUACCUCAACUACAAUCCCAGCGAGAUGGAAGCGACUGGCGUCAGCAACCUCCGGUCUUCUCGUUUGACCGAUGUCCCUGUCGGGUCCAAGUUUAUCACCCUCGCAGAGGUCCACACAAGCGAGCUCGAAGGCUCCCCGGCCAUGUACAUGGGUGCGAUCGAAGACCGUUUCUACGCUUUGGCGACGUGCAGUGUCAUCGACAUGGGAACGCGGAUGUACAUUGUGGAUGCUGACAGAGACGGAUUAAAGGAUCUGAACAACAACGAUCUUGCGGACUCGAUUGUCGGGGGUGACGUUCGCGGUUGUCAGUAUGUGUAUCUGACGUCGAACAAGAAGGGGUUGAAGUUGGCUGAGUAG